AUGCCUUUCUUCGAACAGAACUUGCUGAGAAGCUCAACCGCAAACUUCGACGAACGAAAAUGGGUUGACGAGAUCCGUAAAACCCUAGAUGAAGAGAUAGAGGAAGAAACUGAAAUCCCCGUCACCAUCUUCGCUGUUCCCAAAACCCUAUUCAUCAGUGACCCCAAUUCUUACACCCCGCAGGAAGUUGCCAUCGGCCCUUAUCACCAUUUGCGGGCCGAGCUCUAUGACAUGGAGACAUACAAAGUUGCUGCUGCUAAAAGAAAUCAGGGGGAGCUCAAAAACCUCAAGCUCCAACAUAUCGUUGCUCAUCUGAGCGAAUUGGAGCUUAAGAUUCGGGCCUGCUAUCACAGGCCCGUAAGCUUUGGCAGCGAAGCAUUGGCCUGGAUGAUGGCCGUCGACGUGUCUUUCUUGUUUGAGUUUUUUGAAGUUUGUGGUGUCAGGAAAGGUAAGAUUCUAACAAAAGUCCCGUCAAGAUUGGCACAUUUGAUCAGCUUAUCGGGACAUAAGACUACCCAUAAUGCCAUUCUUAGAGAUAUCAUGAUGCUCGAGAAUCAAAUUCCAUUGUUUGUGAUCAAAAUGCUGUUGAAGUUUCAGUUUUCCUUUCCAGAUGAAGUCCUGUUUGAUAUGUUGAUGGAACUCAGUCAAGAGGUCUCGCCAUUCAAGAUGGCGGACGCUGCUGCCGGGAGGAAGAUUGAAGUGAAAGAUUGUGCUCAUUUACUAGACUUCCUGUACCGUUUCAUCGUGCCACUGCCGAUGAAAUCAGAUGCAUCUGAUGCUGCAAAUAUCGACCUACAGGAUGAAGAAGAAGGUGGAGAGCAGGCAGAUCAUGAGACGAGCAAGACUCCAUUUUCGGAGCCAAGUCACUUGCGGCAGCUUCUUUCUGAGUUAUGGCGAAUCCUUUCUAGAUUAAGUGUAAGGCCCAUGAGAUUGAUAAAGAGGAUGAUCUUCUCUAGACCUGUCAAAGUGUUUGUGAAAUUGCCAUGGACAAUUCUUUCCAAAAUCCCUGUGAUAAAACUGCUGAAAGAGCCUGUUGAACGCGUGUUCACCUUCUUUCAACAGGAUAAGGAGAAGAAAGGUGACGAGCAAGAAUCGAGCUCGACUAGCAGCAACACAAGCAAGCUUCCACUGCUGGAAGAGAUCAAAAUCCCCUCAGUCAUUCAGCUUUCUGAAGUCGGGGUGCAAUUUGUGCCUAUUCAUGAAGGGAUCACGAGCAUCAAAUUCGACGCGAAAACUCUAACGUUUUACAUCCCUAUCAUCAAGUUAGACGUGAACUCUGAGGUGGUCUUGAGGAACUUGGUGGCAUACGAGGCUUGCAGUGCUUCGGGCCCUUUGGUUCUAACCCGAUACAUAGAGUUGAUGAACGGAAUCAUCGACACAGAUUUGGACGCAAGAUUUCUCUGCCGGAAAGAGAUAAUCAUCAACCAUCUGAAGAGUGAGAAGGAGGUGGCUGACCUGUGGAACGGUAUGAGCAAGUCCAUUAGAUUGACGAAGGUGCCCCCCUUGGAUGACCUGAUUGGAGAAGUGAACAACUAUUACAAAGGGAGAUGGAAGGUUAAAUUGGGGAGAUUCAUGAAGAAAUAUGUGUUUGCUUCUUGGAGAAUUCUCACGUUUCUUGCAACUAUUCUGCUCUUGAUGCUCAUGAGUUUACAGGCAUUUUGCCAAGUUUAUAACUGCAGUCGCCUUUUCCGUAUCAAAGCCCUUGAACCUGCCUUUGCUCCGCAGUGA